CAGUAUGGAUCCAAUGAUGUUCAAGGCUGCAAGAGAUGGAAAUGUUGCAGAUUUGUUCAAUCUCCUGGAAGCUGAUCCUCUUAUCUUGGAACGCCUUGUGACUGCAUCUGCAGAUACUCCUCUCCACGUAGCUGCCAUGCUGGGACACCUGGAUUUUGUAAAGGAAGUCAUCAAGCACAAGUCCAAUGUGGUGGAAUACGUGAAGGAACUGAAUCAACAGGGAUAUAGUCCCAUGCACUUGGCUGCUGCACAUGGGCAUGUUGAUGUAGUGAGGAGGUUGAUAGAAAUUAGCUCUGAGCUUUGUUGUCUCAAGGGGAGAGAUGGAAUGACUCCUCUUCACUGUGCUUCUGUAAAAGGAAGGGCUGAAACGAUGAAUCUGCUUCUCUCCGCUGCCCCACUCUGUGUUCUAGAGGUGACAGAGAGGGGUGAAACUGCCUUGCACAUUGCUGCCAAGAACAACCAGCUUGACGCUCUUAGAGUACUGGUGGAAUGGCUCUGGAGGAGCAAAACUUUGGUGGUCAUCAACUCCAAGGAUGGUGAUGGGAACACUGUUCUCCACCUGGCUGCAGCCAGGAAAAAUCAUCAGGCUAUUGAAUUGUUGCUGAGCUGCAAUGAUGGAGUUCCUGAAGUUCUGGAAGUUAACGCCAUAAACAAGAAAGGACUGACUGCGCUGGAUCUUUUGAUGCUUUGUCCAUGUGAAUCAGGAAUAGUCCAGGCAGAAGCUGAAAAGCUUUUCAGGGGCGUUGGAGCAGCAAGAGAUGGAGUAUGGGAUGGUGUUAGCCCUCGCCUACACCGCGACCAUAAUCAGGUUUCCAAUCAGAAAAACCCUCUAGCAGGUCACACUAACAUUGUAGCUCCCUCAAUCUCCUCUGGACAAGAUACCAUGCUUGGGGAUGAAUAUUGGGUCACCUGGAGGAACUACUUCAAGUUUCAGUUUGACAGGGACACACCAAGCAACGUGCGGGAGGCAUUCCUAGUAGUGACUGUGCUAAUAGUAGCUGUAACAUAUCAGGCAGGGCAAAGCAUUCCUACUUGGGGUCAGCACGAGGCUUCUGAUAAAUUUGAAAUGAUUUGGGCAUCCCUCAAUCGGAUCUUGGUCUGCUUCUACGGUCUUUCUAACACCGUAGGGUUCUUUGUAUCCUUAGAUAUGAUUUUGCUACUCACCAGCGAGUUCCCAAUGUGUUGGGGGGUGGUUGUGGCUGUACAUGCAAUGGCUAUCAACUACAUCAUCUCAGUUGUUGGAAGUGCCCCCCCAGGAGGGCCGAGGAUUGCCUCUGCUGUGCUCUGCAUCACGAUUCUAUCGGCAAUAAGAUUGACAUCCAGAUGCAUAAGAACACGGUCUAGGCGGAGGAUACAUUGAUCAUCCGCGGAGACUGGCAUGUACAAAUG